AUGGCGCCCAAGACCUGGAACGUCGGUGUCAUAGGCUACGGCUUCAGCGCCAAGAUCUUCCACAUUCCCUUCAUCCAGGCCGUCCCCGAUUUCAAGCUGUACGCCAUUGUGCAGCGACAUCCCAAGCCCGAUGACGAUGCGGAGAAGGAUCACCCGGGCAUCAAGGCCUACCGCAGCGCCGAUGACUUGGUCAAGGAUGAGACCGUGGAUGUGGUGGUCGUGACCACCGCGCCAGACUCCCAUGUCGCGCUGACGAAAUUGGCGCUGGAGGCAGGAAAGCAUGUCGUGGUUGAGAAGCCGUUCACACCCACCCACAAGGAAGCCGACGAACUCGUUGCCCUGGCUAAGAAGCAGAACAAGCUGCUGGCCGUGUAUCAGAACCGCCGCUGGGACGCUGACUUCGUGACCCUGUCCAAGCUGGUCAAGAAUGGAACGCUGGGCCGGGUCGUCGAAUACGAGACUCACUUUGACCGCUACCGCCCGGUGAUCCCUAACACCGAUUCUUGGAAGUACAAGGUGCUGCCGGCCGGUGGCGCAGUCUACGAUCUCGGCACGCACCUGCUGGACCAAGCCGUGUAUCUGUUCGGUCUCCCCCAGCGGGUGACGGGAUUCGUGGGCUCUCAGAGAGAGGUCAACCCGACCGGGUUCGAGGACUCGUUCACGGUGCUGCUGCACUAUAACUCCGGGCUGUUAGUCACGGCGAAGUGCAGCGUGGUCAGCGCAGAAGAGAAGCAGCUGCGAUUCUGGGUCCGGGGAGACAAGGGCAGCUUCAAGAAGGCAAGGAUCAGGACUAAUUUCGGGAGCACCCUCACAACCGUCAAGGACGACAAGCUCACAGCAGAGACCGUUCCCACAGAGAACUCUACCUGGGUGGAGUAUUACCGGAGACUGGCCCGCGCACUCGCUGGAGAUGGCGACCUUCCGGCCAGCGGCGAGGAGGCCAGCGCUGUUAUCCGGCUGAUCGAGUUGGCCAAGGAGAGCUCCAAGCUGGGCAAGACUCUGGAUGUUUAA